GUCCCUCUUGGCGUUGUCCCUUCGUGUCGCAAGCUGUUGCGUUGCGCUUGCUGUUGCAGCUUAUUCCCAUCCAUCAUCCAACUGCUUUCGUGUCUUUGAACUCUUGACACUUUACACACCACGACGAAUCAUCUGUAACACAGUUUUACCUAUUGCGAGCUAGGCAGCAGCAGCUUUUUGAUUCCUCUUCUGGACAGGACAGAUAUUACUUACCUUACCCUUUUCGCCCGACUAAAACGAUACUUUGAUUCAAGGCUUCACACCACCAACGAUCGCCGACCAUCGUCUCGACGACGACUGUACCCUUCUCAAAAUUCACCCCGAACACCGCCACGAUAGCACCGCCGGGGUCAGGAAACCGCAGCACCUGUCAUACUUUCCGCUCGACCCAACGGGAUUCCUCCUACGCACGAUACAAACGUCAACAAAAAAAAGCAGACGGAGCAGUCUCUCACAAGGUGUGGGGGAGGUAAUUCGGAGACCGUGUUCGGAGGAACACAUCGUGGUGCGAGGGACACAUCAUCACAAGUCUGUGGUGGCUUGCUGGACAGCUCUCUUGGCUGGUGCAAUCAUUAAGCAGAGACGUUGUUGAGAUAAGAAGAUGAUGUGGUUAUCAGACUCGCAGAAGGUCGGAGUGGCCUUCUGCUCAGGCGGCGGCUUCUUUCUCAUAGGGGGUGUACUCCUCUUCUUCGAUAGAGCCAUGCUCGCAAUGGGCAAUAUUCUCUUCCUGAUCGGCCUAACAAUCAUCAUCGGCCCUGCCAAAACAGCCGUAUUUUUCGCCCGCCGACAGAAAAUCCAAGGAACUCUCGCCUUCUUUUCCGGCCUGACGUUGAUUUUCCUCCGGUGGCCUCUGAUCGGUUUUCUUAUCGAGCUGUACGGGAUUUUGAUCCUGUUUGGGGACUUUUUGGGGACGAUUCUCGGGUUUGCGAGGAAUAUUCCCGUUGUUGGGCCGUAUGUGGGCAUGUUGGUUGACAGGACGGGCUUGGGGGCGAGGAGGAAUGCUGAGUUGCCUGUUUAGGUGAUGGGAUUCCUACAGGUGUUUAAGCGACGGGGUAGGAGGCAACAGAAAAUGGAGGAUGAUCAUGUUGAGGUGGUGGACGACAAGCUGGUGGACGACAAGGUGGUGAAAAGAAAAGAUCCGCUUGAUGUAGGGGAUGUGAGAAAGGCGGGGAGGAAGUGGAGGAAGACGUGGAUGAGGAUGAAGCCUGUGGUGGAACAAAUGGAGAAGGAAAAGAGGGAACGGGGGGUGGAGAUGGCGAAGAAGAUCUAUGAGGACUGGAUUGCUGAACAGGAGAGGCAGAGGGUGGAGGCGUGUGCCAAGGAGCGGCUUAGACAAUUGGUACUGCGAAGGGAGAUGGAGUUGACUUGUCGGGAGAUUGAAAAGGAGAAGAGGAAGAUGGAGAAGAGGCGGGAGUUGUUGGAGGCGUUUUCGAGGAAUCCUAAAAAAUACACUGGGUGGGUGAAGAGGGGGGCUUGUUGUGUAAAGGUUGGUAGGGAUGAGUAAGUACAGCUUUUCUUUUUAUGGUGAGGUUUGGAUUUUUUUCUUCUUCCGGGAGAGGAGGGAUAUGACUGUCAUGACGACGGGUAUAACAUGUGGUAAUGGGAACAAGCGAAGAUUGGACAGGUUACCUAGCUCUCUGUACCAUCAAUGGGUUGAGAAAAGUAAAGGGGGUAUAGCGAUGUUUUAAUGGUGGUGGUAGAAAGGCGUUGAGAGAAAAAGAGAAAUAUUCCCCUGUUAUAGAUAAUAUUGAUGGAGGAGGAAGGAGGGGUUUGUCUUGUGUACGACUAUGAUUGUACGGAGUAUGAACCUGGCCCUUUAUGGGACAGGGAUAAGAAGAGUGCUAUAGAUGAGGAAUUCAACGAGGCUCAGGCGCGCUUUGUGUUUUCAGCA